AUGGCUACAUCCAUAUCUUGUGGCACAAUUACUGCCUGCUAUGCCGAAGCAACAACCAUCACUAGCACUUUGACUGAUGAAAUCAUAAUGACGACCACUCCAUUCGUUGCUUAUGCUUAUAAAACAGAUUCUGCUUAUUUUGCAUCUAUUGCAACUAAGAUCGAUGUAUACUUUUCCUCUAUGGAUGCAUUAUAUUCCUCCGCCGAUGCUUCAACCACAACCUCGUCGACAACAUCCACAACAUCUAAAACUUCCACAACAUCUUCUAAGACUUCCACAUCUACAGGGCCAUCAGAAACAUCGCUAGAUAACCUAUGCCUAGAGGAAGUAACAUACUCUUAUAAAGGAUCUUCGCGGUGUAAGAUAUUUUCCCACUUAUAUUCAUUCUAUGAAGUCGCUAAGAGCUAUAUUAGGGGUGAUGAUAUAUACGGAACUCUUUCUACUGAUGAAAAUAGAACUAGAGAGUGCUAUAUUGAUGGCAAGAAUGCUGGGUUUAGGUGUGGAGUUUUUGUUAAAGGUAUAGGCUGCCAGUUAUUGAGUAUAACGAUGUAA